GAUCCUAUUCCUAGUCGGGCUAUUGUGUGGAUGGAUGGAACGCUGUAGACUAGUUGGGAAGAGAAGGAGGAGGCGGAGGAGGAGGUGGUAGUGAAGGCGAACCGAGCAGAUAAGAGAACAGGCUUAUUGGCUGGCUGCUAGUGUAGCUUAACCCGUAUAGUUUUAUCACAAAUCAAGAGGUCUUGUCGUUUCUGUUCCAGACCAAAAAAACGUCAACAUCGUACCGUGGGAGCUACCGAGAGGACGGUAGCAUGAUACUCGUGGAGGGGAAGCGACAAAAACAGGGCCCAUAUCUGAAUUUUACUGCAGCUAAACCGAAUUCAUUGAGUCGGUAACCAGCGUCCGACAUGGGGAAGGAGGUAAAUGGUGUUUCACGGAGCCGGUUUGAGAUGUUCACAAAUAGUGACGAGGCUGUCAUCAAUAAGAAGCUGCCUAAGGAGCUGUUGCUACGAAUCUUCUCCUUUCUGGAUGUGGUGACACUCUGUCGCUGUGCCCAGGUCUCACGGUCCUGGAACGUCCUGGCCUUGGAUGGCAGCAACUGGCAACGAAUCGACCUCUUUGACUUUCAGAGAGAUAUUGAGGGCAGGGUGGUGGAAAACAUCUCAAAGCGAUGUGGGGGGUUCCUCAGGAAGUUGAGUCUACGGGGAUGCUUGGGUGUGGGUGACAGCGCCCUGAGAACAUUCUCCCAGAACUGCAGGAACAUAGAGCUGCUCAGUCUGAACGGCUGCACCAAGAUAACCGACAGCACGUGUAACAGCCUCAGCAAGUUCUGUCCGAAACUGAAGCACCUGGAUCUCGCCUCCUGUACCUCAAUCACCAACCUGUCACUCAAAGCUCUCAGUGAGGGUUGUCCUCUACUGGAGCAACUCAACAUCUCAUGGUGUGAUCAGGUCACAAAGGAUGGCAUCCAGGCCCUGGUGCGUUCCUGCCCUGGACUCAAAGGCCUUUUCCUUAAGGGAUGCACACAGCUAGAAGACGAGGCUUUGAAGCACAUUGGCGCUCAUUGUCCAGAACUAGUCACACUUAACUUGCAGACAUGCUCACAGAUCACAGAUGAAGGCCUCAUCACAAUUUGUCGGGGUUGUCACCGCUUGCAGUCUCUGUGUGUUUCGGGUUGUGCCAACAUCACAGAUGCCAUCCUGCAUGCCCUGGGACAGAACUGCCCCCGCCUCAGAAUAUUAGAAGUGGCUCGAUGUUCCCAGCUUACAGACGUUGGCUUUACAACAUUAGCAAGGAAUUGUCAUGAGCUUGAGAAGAUGGAUUUAGAAGAAUGUGUGCAGAUCACAGAUGGUACACUUAUCCAGCUGUCUAUUCACUGCCCACGUUUGCAAGUCCUGAGUUUGUCUCACUGUGAGCUGAUCACGGAUGAUGGCAUCAGACACCUUGGCAGCGGCCCCUGCGCUCACGAUCGUCUGGAAGUGAUCGAGCUGGACAACUGCCCCCUGAUCACAGACGCCUCACUGGAGCACCUGAAAAGCUGCCAUAGUCUGGAUCGUAUCGAACUCUAUGACUGCCAGCAGAUCACCCGUGCUGGCAUCAAGAGGCUAAGGACCCAUCUGCCUAACAUCAAAGUGCAUGCAUACUUCGCUCCCGUCACUCCGCCCCCAUCAGUCGGGGGCAGCCGCCAGAGGUUUUGCCGCUGCUGCGUCCUGCUAUGAUGUAAAGACAACAACCCCCUGCCCUCUGCCUGUGACCUUCGUACUCGCACCCCACAGACACUUGACCUUUGACCCCCCCACCCGUUUAUGCCCCUCUGACAUAGAGUACAUGCUGGUGUGUGUGCCCCCCCCCCCUCCACCGCCACCACCACCACCCUUAUCCCUUCUGGAGCUGCAGAGAGAGGGAGAGAGCCAAACGUUAACAGGGUCUUGGGUAACUGUCACCAAAACAUUCCCAGAAAACGGAUUAAUUCAGAGGAACGAUAAUGCAUUUCUGGCUGUCGGGUGAUAAAAUAGUAUUACAAAAACAAAUAUGAAAAUAUCGAAUCAGAUCACCAAAGCUAAAGGAGUAAAAAAAAAAAAAACAUCUUAACAUCAAAACACUCUUUUGUAUUUACUUAUUUAACAGUUUUUGAGACAGAUGACAGUAACAACCUCCAAACCGAGUAUUGACUGGGCUGAAAGAUCCCUCAACCACACAACUACGUACACUUCCCUCAGUGUUGAAGGUCAAUUAACAGCUACCUCUAGACAGAACUGCAUUGGAGUCGGACCUGUAUUAGCUUUGAUCUGCAGGCUGUCCAGUCAAAGUGGAUUUUUCUUACAAAAAAAAUCAAUAAAUAAAGGGGCAGAGAUGCAGCCAGUAAACUGCUUACAUCCCUAAAGACACACAAGGAAAGCGGCAGAAAAACCUGUUUUGUGAUUUAAAAAAAAAUAAAAAAAAAUACUUGCAGCUAUUUGCACUUGCAGUAAAGCAAUGAUGAGACACUUUACAAAAAUGACCAUCUCAGAACUGAAGACUGGCAUUUUACUAACAACAAACACAAAUACAAAUCUAAACGUACAUGCUUUUGCCACCACUCACCUCUCUCUGUCUCUCUGUUACAAUCAGAAGCUUCAAUAUACUGAAGAGGAGAAAAAAAAAAAGACAAAGUUUAAUAUUUUUCUAAAACGGACACCAAUUCAGACUCACAUGCGGGGACUUGAGAAGAUGCCAAAUGUUGCAUGUAACAUCUCUAGUUUUUUAAAAGUCUAAAUGUACAUAUGUGAGGACUGUGGGAGUCCUGAAGUCAAAGCCAGCGAAAGGACAGAUGAAUGAGACGGGGCAGAGAAUUCUGGGUUUUUUUUGGCGAAGCUCGCAAAGCACACGGUUUGUUUUGAGGACAGACGUGGGUGGGAAUAUGUGCUGGAGCUUCGGAGAGGACGUUUUGACGACCAGAUGCUGGCCGAUGUGAAAAAAAAACAAAACAAACAUCACUACAUAAAUGUAUGCUGUCAAGCAGGACAAUGGAAAGGAAAAGCCAACUGAAAACAAUCAAAGUACGUCUAUUUUCAGUUAGAUUUCAUUUACUCUUGUUUUUUGUAUCGGCGAUGGUUCUGACGGCGAGGAACUGUUGAACCACACGGGGAGAGGAAGCGGCAGCUCCUCGACUCCCAUGAGGCCUUGCAGAAGAUGGAGCGACGCCGUGCUAUACACCCUGCCACCUGUGACCUCCUCUAUGGAGUCACCGCAAGAGGAACUGAAUCUCGAACGCACAAUUCUGGCCUGCUGACGGACACGACGCAAAGAUUUAGUCGCUGUGGAGGGUCACAACAGACUGGAGCCCCCACCGUUAUGAAGUAUUGAAGCCUUUUUCUUACGGAUUAUCUUCUCCUGCACUCGCACCUGCUUGAUUCUGUGUCUUUUAUUCUCGUUUUCAUUUUAUAAUUGUGUUUUUCCUGUCCGUCUCUGACAUGAUUUCUCCCUCCGGAUCUCUACCGUUUCUCUUCUGUGGCAUUUCUGUUUUGGUGUGGUUUGGAUUGCGCCUGCUUUGUGUUUCAAGUCAUGAGUUCAGUGUCUCCGAGUUUUAAGUUUGAGCCCUGUUCCAGUCAGUCCUCACUUUUUGAUCUGAUGGAGUUUGUGUUUAAAGAGUUUAUUGUUACUUAAUGUCCAGAGUGUAGCCUUCGUUUUUGGGGAGGAGUGUCGGCGUCAGUGCAAUUGUGAUACGUGUUAAAUGUUUUGGAGUUUUAUGAUGACUUACUUAUUGAAUGUUUCCAUCGAGGAGAAGGCUUUUCAGGCAUUGUGUGCCACUUUAACAGGUUUCUCUCCCUUUUUGGCCUCUUCUGUUUUUUAUAUAUAUAUUUUAAUACCUUGCCUUUCCAAAUUCCCAUAACGCCACAUGAAUCAAAAUAGACGAAAAUUGGUAAACCCAGCGCUGAAUGUUGAUCUGUCUGGUUUAAGGAGCACGCCAGCAGGCAAAAAAAAAAAAAAA